CUUCAUCUCCUUUCAACUAAGUUCUGAUUCAUACGGGCUCAUAAAUCAAUUUUGGUUUAUCAUUCACAGAAGAAGGAACCAACAUGGGAUCUAACUUAUUUGGUGUGAUGUAUGGUGAUAGUUCAUCAGAGUCACCUCAUGUCCUUACUUUCCAUUCCACUGCUAAAUGGAAUGCUCACUAUGAUGCAUUCAAAGAAACUGAUAAGCUGAUGGUUAUUGAUUUCACUGCUUCUUGGUGUGGACCUUGCAAACUCAUGGACCCAAUUAUCCAAGAGUUUGCUGCAAAAUACACAGACGUUGAGUUCGUCAAGAUUGAUGUGGAUGAGUUAAUGGAGGUAUCUCAAGAAUUCCAGGUGCAGGCAAUGCCAACUUUCAUACUGAUUAAGAGAGGCAAAGUUGCUGAUAAAGUGGUGGGAGUAAGAAAGGAGGAGCUACAAAGGUUGAUUGAGCAGCACAGAAAAUAAAUGUGUGAUCAUGCACUGUGCUAAAAUCAGCAAGGCUAUAUUCAACAUAUUCUACCUUGUCCAUUACAAGGGAAUGAGGACAAAUCAACUCAUUGGAAGCUAAAUAAGUUGGUGCAAUUAUUUUCAACCCAAAAAAAAGUGUCAUUGUUUAAUGCUUACAAUUAUAAUGUAAUAUGUAGUCCUAUUUGUCAUGUGUCGGUGCUCAUUUUGAACCACGAAAAAUGACAUAAAAGGGCAUCGAUGCAUCUGAAUC